ACGACAGGGCGGCUUCGGGCGGGGGGCGAGUUGGCGGCGGCCGCGAGGCCCCGGCGUAGGCUCUCUAGAGGCGGCCCGGCUGAGAGCAUCUGGCGGCCCGGGAGCGGAGCCUAUGAGCAGCUCGGUGGCGGGGCCGGACUGCUGCGGAGGCUUCGGCAAUGUUGACUUUAGACAGGCAGACCUCUGCGUUAUGACCCGGCUGCUGGGCUACGUGGACCCCUCGGAUCCCUGCUUUGUGGCUGCCAUUCUCACCAUCGCUUUCAACCCGCUCUUCUGGAAUGUGGUGGCGAGAUGGGAACAGAGAACCCGCAAGCUGAGCAAGGUCUUCCGAUCCCCCUACCUGGCCUGCUACUCCCUGGGUGCUGCCAUUUUGCUCCUGAACGUCCUGCGCUCGCACUGCUUCACGCAGGCCAUGCUGAGCCAGCCGAAGAUGGAAAGCCUGGAUAACCCCACGGCCUACCGCGUGGGCCUUGCGCUCCUGGGAAUAGGCAGCACGUUUGUACUUUCCAGCUUCUUUGCACUGGGCUUCACCGGGACCUUCCUAGGCGAUUACUUCGGGAUCCUCAUGGAGGCAAGAGUGACCACAUUCCCAUUCAACAUCCUGGACAACCCCAUGUAUUGGGGCAGCACGGCCAAUUACCUGGGCUGGGCCAUUAUGCACGCCAGCCCCACCGGCCUGCUGCUGACUGUGGUUGUGGCCCUCAUCUACAUGGUCGCCAUCCAGUACGAGGAGCCCUUCACCGCUCAGAUCUACCAGCAGAAAGCCUCCUCGUCCCGCAAGAGGAGCUGACCGGGCCUGUGGCCACUUCACUGAGGGUCUGCCGCCCCGGCCUGCCCCGAGUGCCAAGCCCUGCGGUGGGGAGCAGAGCGCCUGGCCGCGGCUCUGUGUUUGCGCCUGAUGAGGGCCGCUCAGUGCCUUGGAAACCUCUGCCUCGGGGGCCCUGGACAUGCUGCCGUUUGGCCACUGAGCCCCCAGCCUCGCUGCCCCCAGAACAUCCUAACUCAACAAUAAAGGCACCCUGACGCCAGCA